AUACUUCCUGUAUUUCCGGAUUGUGAUGAUGAGGUGCUUUUGGAUAGCUCUUCUUGUUCUGUUGGUGGUCAGGUUGGGCCACACAAUCAACAAUCCUCCAGAAGACAAUGAGUUCGCAGAAUUUGAAGAGUUUGAUGAAGAUGAUGAAGCCACCAUUACUGAAGAGAAGCCUGUAGAUGGUGACAGUAAGAAAAGCCGAGUAUCGCCGGACGAGUCUCGGAGUGGUCAGGACGAAGAGGAGGAGGAUGAGGAAGAAGCUGUAGUGGAGACUGAAGAAGAACCGGAUGAUGAAGAGUUUGAACAUCUUCAUGACGAAGAUGAAUUUGAAGGCUUUGACAAGGAUCAGAGUCCAAGAAAAGGCAAAUCUCAAGAAAAAUUACCUGAUCUCGAGAUGGCAAAGGUACCGUUACACCUGCGCACAAACUGGGACAGUUUCUACCUCGAGAUGUUGAUGAUCGCUGGACUGGGCGUAUACUUUCUCAACUUCUUGGCUGGAAAGACAAAGAACAGCAAGUUGGCCCAGGCUUGGCUCAGUGCACACAGAGACAUGUUGGAAAGUAAUUUUUCAAUUGUCGGCGACGAUGGUACAUCUAAGGAGGUUUCGUCAGGUACCCUAAUAAAGGAGUCGGAGAACAUCUAUGCCCUGUGGUGCAGCGGUCGAGUUUGUGUGGAAGGAAUGUUGGUGGAACUGAAGCUGUUGAAGCGACAAGAUCUCAUCAACACGCUGCUCAGAAUGUUCAAGCCUGCGUCGGACCAAGUGAUUAUCACAGUUGAUAUGGAUAAAUCUGUAAUGGAGAAGUUCGUCUUUGCAGUGGCUAACAAAAAGAUCGCUGGGAAGCUUCACAAAGACAUGUUGGAUCUUAAUUAUUUUACAGAGAAGAAGACUGUAGAAAAAUUUGAUAUUCCAACCAGCUACCAGAUUUUAACGGAAAUGGGUGAAGUUACCACUGCAAUAUUGGACAAGAAGGUUUGCCAGGCCCUGACUAAAUAUGAAGGGCUGGUAGAGUACAUUCAUUUCUCAGACCAGUUCUCUGGACCCAAGAACCAGGACGAUUCUCAACCAGCUAAAGUUCCUGUGGCCAAGGCCGUCCUCCUCUUUUGCUUCAAUGUUCCGGGUAAAGGCAAGACGAAGACAUCGGACAUGGAGCUCAUCAAACCACUAAUGCAGCUUGUCUUCUACUUCAUGGACAAGGCCGGCAGAUUUCAGCUCACACGCGAGGGCAAGAUGAAGGCGGAGAAGAAACGCCAUAAAGCAGAGGAGCAGUUGUUGAAGGCCACACACGCCCAGCGCCAGGAGGCCGCCCAGGCUCGCCGCGAGGAGAAGAAACGAGUCGAGAAGGAACGGCUCAUGAAUGAGGAGGAUCCCGAUAAGGCCAGAAAGCUGGAAGAUCGUGAGAGUCGCAGAGAGAUGAAGAAGAAGCAGCCCAAGAUGAAGAUGAUGAAGAUGAAGGCCAUGUAGUGUGUGAUGGUGUGUAGACAUUGCCCUCAUUACUGGGCUAAUAUUGCCCUCAUUACUGGGCUAAUAUUGCCCUCAUUACUGGGCUAAUAUUGCCCUCAUUACUGGGGCAAGGCCGCCUUCAUUAUUAAUCUAAGACAUUGACUUCUACAAAACUGCCCACAUUACUUACUCAUCUAAUACUGCCCACUUAACUGGUCUAAGACAUUGACUUUAAUAAUGUGUUAUUAAUGGUCUAAUACAGACCUCAUUACUGGUCUAAGACAUUGACUCCUCUACUACUGACCUCAUUACUGGUCUAAGAUAUUGACUCCUCUAAUACUGACCUCAUUACUGGUCUAAGACAUUGACUCCUCUAAUACAGACCUCAUUACUGGUCUAAGACAUUGACUCCUCUACUACUGACCUCAUUACUGGUCUAAGAUAUUGACUCCUCUAAUACUGACCUCAUUACUGGUCUAAGACAUUGACUCCUCUAAGUCUAAUACUAUCCACAUUACUGGUCUAAGACAUUGACGCCUCUAAUACUGUCCACAUUACUGGUCUAAGACAUUGACGCCUCUAAUACUGACCUCAUUACUGGUCUAAGACAUUGACUCCUCUAAGUCUAAUACUGCCCACAUUACUGGUCUAAGACACUGAAUCCUCUAAUACUGUCCACAUUACUGGUCUAAGACAUUGACUCCUCCAAUACCACCCACAUUACUGGUCUAAGACAUUGACUCCUCUAAGACUAAUACUGCCCAUAUUACUGGUCUAAGACACUGAAUCCUCUAAUACUGUCCACAUUACUGGUCUAAGACAUUGACUCCUCCAAUACCACACACAUUACUGGUCUAAGACAUUGACUCCUCUAAGACUAAUACUGCCCACAUUACUGGUCUAAGACAUUGACGCCUCUAAUACUGUCCACAUUACUGGUCUAAGACACUGAAUCCUCUAAUACUGUCCACAUUACUGGUCUAAGACAUUGACUCUAAUACUGUCCACAUUACUGGUCUAAGACAUUGACUCCUCUAAUACUGUCCACAUUACUAGUCUUAAGACAUUGACUCCUCCAAUACCACCCACAUUACUGGUCUAAGACAUUGACUCCUCCAAUACCACCCACAUUACUGGUCUAAGACAUUGACUCCUCCAAUACCACACACAUUACUGGUCUAAGACAUUGACUCCUCCAAUACCACACACAUUACUGGUCUAAGACAUUGACUCCUCUAAGUCUAAUACUGCCCACAUUACUGGUCUAAGACAUUGACGCCUCUAAUAAUGUCCACAUUACUGGUCUAAGACACUGAAUCCUCUAAUACUGUCCACAUUACUGGUCUAAGACAUUGACUCUAAUACUGUCCACAUUACUAGUCUUAAGACAUUGACUCCUCCAAUACCACCCACAUUACUGGUCUAAGACAUUGACUCCUCCAAUACCACCCACAUUACUGGUCUAAGACAUUGACUCCUCCAAUACCACACACAUUACUGGUCUAAGACAUUGACGCUGAUACCACACACAUUACUGGUCUAAGAUGGUCUAAGACAUUGACUCCUCUAAUACCACACACAUUACUGGUCUAAGAUGGUCUAAGACAUUGAUUCCUCUAAUACUGUCCACAUUACAGGUAUAAGACAUUGUCUCCUUUAGUACUGCCAUUAUUAUUAGUCUAAGACAUUGAAUCAUGCAUAUCUUUGCCUACUGUGGACAGUGACUGUCACCAUGGAAAUAAUUUUGUUUUAUCAAGAAAACAUAAUAUAGUCAUUGUGUAUACAAAUGAAUGAUUGCCUAAUGUGGCUGUCAAAGAACCGAGUCAGGUAUGUGUGCCCACCUUGCUGUAUAAAAUAUUACAACAUUCGUCUAGCCUUCGUGGCUAGAACAGAACUUUCAGUGAUUUUCUCAAUACGAGAAGAUACAUUUUUAAGACAUUUCUUUUAUGGAAAUUGUAAGUGUUUUUUUACGUCUAGUUUUCAUGGGAGAUGUUUAUUUUUAAUUUAGCAUCAGCUUUGAUAUGAUUGGUAUUGAUCAUUGACACAUUUUAAGUUAAAAUUUAUUAUAUAAAUGGGUUUUUUCUUGGCCAAAUUCUGUUUUAUUAAUAGUAUUCUGCUAGUUAAACAUUAUUUAGCAUACACAACACUAAAGGGUGGGGGUUUUCUUACGUUUUGAUUCUUUUUUAUUUCCUGUUAUGGUUUUCAAGUUAAUAUUAAAUGACAUUUGAUAUUAAUACUUCAGUAAUUACAAGGGUUUGGAGCUAACGGUAUGUUCAUAAUAACUUAGUGUAACAUACUAGUCACUAGUUGUUACCUGCGGAUACAUGGGGUCGAUAUAGUUCACGAUUGAUGAUAGCUUUGUUUGAUUAUAAAGGCAGAAUGUCAUAUUCUAAUCAGUGUUUUUUAUUGUUUUAUUUAUUAAAUAUUAAAUUUUAUUACUUUCAAGGUUUUCUCGUUAUAUUUCAUAUCAACAAGGUGGGGAAAGUUUGAUUUUGAAAUAUGUUUAUUUACCAUUGUAUUUUGUUUUAGACCCUUGUGAAUUUUAUAUAUAUUAUGAAGGUGUGUUUAGUGUUUCAGUUUCCUAUUUGUCACAAUGAAUUUAUAGGCAUGCUGUU